AUGCAGUUGUUGUUGGAAUUGGGUGUCCUGACACAGGCAAACGUACUCACAGUUUCCCGUUACUUCCGCUUUACGGAAGCGGGAAGAGAGAUCGGGUUUCGGUCAUGGCGAAAUAGAAUCCAGAUUCCCACGAUGCGUAGUUCUUUUACGAAACGCACAUUAAUCCUGAAUGGUAACAUCGAUCACUGGACAGCUCGCUUCUUUGGUUUUAAGCGGCCAGAUGUUAUCGUCCAGAAAUCGCUACGUGGUUCACUUGAAAUGAUAUGGCGUCCACUUCUCCACCUUCCUAUUAUUCCUCUAUUUCGUCGUGGAUGA